CAAACCUACAAACAAAGCUUAUUUAGCGUAUAAUUCGUGCUAUCUCACUUACUCUUGAGGAGCAGUUGAUUAUGCUAUUUCGCUCUAUUGUUGGGGCUUUGGAAAAGUGCAGAUUUUGACAGGUGAUAGGAUAACCAGAACCACCAACUUGAAUUUCGGAGCAAAGACCUAUCGUGAUAAAUGUAGGUCUUCGGGGCCACAUCUGAAUACUGAAUUCUCUAACAGCAGCGUCAAAAUAUAAGGUAAAAAGGAAAAUCUCAUCAAAAAAUACUCAAAAUGUUACGACGCUGCUCCAAGCAUUUACAGACCUUGUACCGAAGGCAGGGGCAAGCCCUUCGGUUCAAGUCUUCAGAGGCCCCUAAGGUCUUCGGGGCUCUGUCUCAGGCGGCCGCGAGGACUGCCCAGCCCCGGGUCCUGACAGCAGCCCACAACCAAGUCGCCACCAUCCACUUCACGAACCCACUCCUCGCCGAACAAGACAUCAUGACUCCAAGCUUCCCCGAUUCCGUCUCUGAAGGAGAUGCGAAAAUCGAAAAGAAAGUCGGAGACGCCGUCGCUAUGGACGAGGUCGUCAUGGAGAUUGAGACCGACAAGACCGCUCUGCCUGUCAUGGCACCCGGCAAUGGUAUCAUUAAGGAGUUCUACGUGAACAACGGAGACACUGUGAAGGCUGGCCAGAAGUUGUUCAGAUUGGAGCUGACCGAGGGAGGCCCGCCGCCUAAGGCUGCGGCCGCGCCUGCUCCCGAGCCUCCGAAGGCUGAGGCUCCUCCCCCACCGCCCCCAGCAGCCGCAGCUCCACCCCCACCACCUCCCCCAGCAGCCGCAGCCCCGCCCCCACCUCCACCACCAGCACCUGCGGCAGCAGCUCCGAAACCAGCUGCUCCCAUCUCCUCGAUCCCUGUCGCAGCGAUCCGUCACGCGCAAUCCAUCGAAACUGCGUCCGUGAAAGUUCCUCCCGCGGAUUACAGCAAGGAGAUCGCUGGCACGCGCACUGAACAGCGCGUGAAGAUGAACAGGAUGCGUCAGCGUAUCGCACAGCGUUUGAAGGAGGCACAGAACACCAACGCUAUGCUGACCACCUUCAACGAGAUCGACAUGUCUCAUAUAAUGGCGUUCAGGAAGAAGCACCUCGAAGCUUUCACCAAGAAACAUGGCGUGAAGCUAGGUCUCAUGUCACCCUUCGUGAAGGCAUCAGCGACUGCCUUGAUGGACCAGCCUGUUGUGAACGCGGUCAUCGAAGACAAUGAAAUCAUUUACCGCGACUACGUAGAUAUAUCUGUAGCGGUGGCCACGCCUAAAGGUCUGGUGGUGCCCGUAGUUAGGAAUGUACAAAAUAUGACGUAUGCAGACAUCGAGCUGACGAUCGCUGGUCUCGCCGAGAAAGCCAAGUCCGGUAAACUUACCAUCGAAGAGAUGGACGGCGGUACCUUCACGAUCAGCAACGGUGGAGUAUUCGGCUCAUUGAUGGGAACUCCUAUUAUCAACCCCCCUCAGUCAGCCAUCCUGGGCAUGCACGGAAUCUUCGAACGGCCCAUCGCAGUCAAUGGCCAAGUCGUCAUCAGGCCUAUGAUGUACAUAGCUCUUACUUACGACCACAGGCUGAUCGACGGCCGUGAAGCUGUCAUGUUCCUCAGGAAGAUCAAGCAGGGCGUGGAAGACCCCGCGACCAUCAUCGCCGGAUUGUAGAUACAAGAAAACCGACCUUAUUACUAGCAACGGAGUUACCAUAAUGUUAUAACAGUGAAGAAGAGCUUCGCAGGUCGGAGAGUUUGAAAAAAGAAUAUCAUGUAACAUACACGAUCCAAUCAGUAGGUUUAUAGAUGGCGAAGUGUACGCACGUGUCAGCUACGGAUUAUUUUGUUAUUUAUUUAAUUAAAGUGCGCCUCGUAUUCUGUAUAUGUAUUAUUUAUGUGUCUAAGUAAUAAUUGUCCAGAAGUACACAAGUUUAUCUUUAUGUGACGACAUAAAAACUCUUUGUUUUAUUUAUUUUUGUUUUUUUUUCGAAUGUUUCGAGCACUACGCGUAAUGGUAAAAUUUUCAGUAUUCUGUACAUUUUGAGUACAUUAUCGUUGUGUAAAGGCACUCAGAUGUAUGUAAUAAUAUUAUUAG